AUGGCUCUUCCCGCUAAAGAUCCAGAUUCGCCACUUCCGGCGAAUCAAACCGACCACACCUCUACUCCAUCUCAACCUCCACCCUCUGCUGCUACCUCACCCUCACCCUCCACGUCUAAAGGCAAACAGACCAAUGUCUCCUUCCGAUCAUAUGCACAAGCGACUAAAGGUCACUGCAUUACUACUCUUGGCCAAGUAACUGGUUCUGAAUACCUUACCAAUACGACUUCCGCCAACAACUCGACCGAUGAUACUGCUCAAGCACUAACGAGUCAGCCUCUUUUUCGACGAGGCUCUGAAGAAUUCAGCAUCUUUUACGAUGUUACUGGUGACAAAUUAGGUCCCAAAGCUUUUUUCGAUGCCGCUAGGGCACGAUUCCCCACUGGUGUUGGCCUUGGUAGACUAACGCAUCGUGAUAAUGGCCGUGUUCUUGUCGAAAUCAUUUUGAAUUCUGAACAAUCGUGUACCCAAGCUUGUGAAACCCCUCUUCAGGUUACAGACGAGGUGUCGUACACUGCUACUCGUUCGCUUCCACCGGAUAACGAAGUAUUCCGGGUCACUUUGGACAAACUCCCGAUAAUCCCACUCGUCGAUCUGGAAAAAGGGCUACGAUCUUGCCUAUCGCAAUACGGUCGCAUCCUAUAUCUCGGCUUGUAUGACGACGUCAAUGCCAACACCGGCACCAAGGUGGAGCCCAAGACGUUUACGUUUAAUGCAGCCCCUGGCACAAGCAAGUCCGCGGAAACGAUGCUCCCUGCCGCGCGUAAAUCAAUUAAACGCAGGCGAGCUGGCAGUAAACCGUCGCAACCAUUAUUUAUCAACGCGACCAGCAAGACGAAUUUCGCCGCCCCGGUUGAUAACCAGACAGAACCUCCCGUUCAAGACCAACAAUCGAGCAAAACCGAAGUCAACAAGGCAUCGAAUGAGGGUGAGCAAUCCCUGGUAGUUCCAGCGACAAAACCAGCAAGUACGCAAUCCGCUGAGGCCGACCCAGAGCACCCUAUUUCCAGUCACCAAAGGGACGAAGACGCAGAUAUGGCCUCCGGAGAUGAAGAACCUGAUGACUCUGGUGGUUCCGCUAAGGACUCCACCAGACGCAGCCACUCCAAAUAG